AAUGUGCGAGCGUGUUUUAGGAAGCGUGCGUGUAUGUGUGCGUAGUGUGCGUGCGAGUAUGUGCUGUAAAGUUACUACUCAAAAUGCAGUGAAAUCCCGACUGACACGUAGUGUUUGUGCAGAAACUGUGCGACUAAGACUGCCGUGAACCGUACUGACGCAGUUUAUUUUCACACAUAUUUAGUACGAUUGAAACUGGGAACCAUGAAGCGAAUCUCAAUCGAGAGGAUUCGGGAGCUGCAACAACGCACUCAAAACAUCCGAAACAUAUGCAUACUUGCCCAUGUGGACCAUGGAAAAACAACGCUGGCAGAUUCGCUAGUUGCUAGCAAUGGCAUCAUAUCGCAAAAAUUAGCCGGAAAGCUACGGUAUCUGGACAGCAGAAAAGAUGAACAAGAACGUGGAAUCACCAUGAAGUCGAGUGCGAUCACACUUUACUAUCCAAAACGAGACCUGCUAGUCAACUUGAUAGACUCACCCGGCCAUGUUGAUUUCACCAGUGAAGUCAUGGCAGCUGUUCGACUCUGCGAUGGUGCUGUCAUUGUUGUCGAUGUUGUGGAGGGCGUUUGUGCACAGACGAAGGUUGCCCUGAACCUUGCUUGGUCUGAGAACCUGAAGCCGAUGUUGGUAUUGAACAAGAUAGAUCGUCUGAUCCUUGAGAAAAAAAUGACACCUCUGGAUGCCUACAUACACCUCCAGCAGAUCCUUGAACAGGUGAAUGCUGUUGUUGGCGAACUUUUUGCCACAGACGUUCUGGAAAAAACUUCCAAUGAAAUAUCCACAGACAGUUCAACAGAGAAAUCUGACGAUGCCUUGGUGUUUGACUGGACAAGUGGUCUUGAUGACGCUGAUGACUCAACGCUGUACUUUUCCCCAGAGCAGGGAAAUGUUGUAUUUGCCAGUGCUUUUGAUGGCUGGGGAUUCAGUACAUCCCAGUUCGCACAGCUGUAUGCUGAGAAGCUGGGCAUGAAGAAACAAGUUCUUGAGAAAACUCUCUGGGGAGAUUACUACCUUAACGCCAAGGCUAAGCGCAUCCUCAAAGGUGCUCAGGCCAAAUGCAAGAAGCCCCUGUUUGCCCAGCUGAUUCUAGAAAACCUUUGGGAGGUGUAUGACGCUGUCUGCUGUAGACGCGACAAGGUGGCCAUGGAGAAAAUUGUCAAGUCUCUUGGUGUGACGUUGACUGCACGAGAUGCUCGUCAUAAUGAUCCUCGUGUUCAGCUGCAAGCCUUAUGCUCACAGUGGCUACCACUGGCUGAUGCCUUUUUAGAAAUGACAACGCUGAUUCCUAGUCCGGCUGAGCUUCCGGAAGCGAGAGUUGAGGCCUUGAUGUGUCCACCAUCUCGUUCCUUUGACUCUCUCCCAGAGGAGACACGCCAGCUGAGGAAAGCUUUUCUUGACUGUUCACCCUGCGAUGAAGCUCCAGUAAUUGUUUGCAUCUCCAAAAUGGUUGCGGUGGAGACGAAACAGCUGCCUGAAAACAGAACAAGGCUGCUGAGUCUUGAAGAAAUAACUCAGCGAAGGGAGCAAGCUCGGCAGCGACAUGCAGAGCGAAUGGCCUUGGCUGCAGUGGACCCGGCUUCAACUCCUGAUGGGCAAAAGAAUGGGGACGCUGCAGCAGUCCCAGAGGAGGAUGCAUCUCAAGAGAGAGACGAGGAUGACUCGACAUUUAUAGCAUUCGGUCGCGUGUUCAGUGGCACACUGAAACGGGGCCAGCAAGUAUAUGUGCUCGGUCCAAAGCAUGACCCUGCAAAAUUUCUCGAGAAGGCUAUGACUGUUGAUUCUGCUCGGAGGCUGAAGGAUUUAGGCCCAGAAGAGCAUGUCACUGUAGCAACCAUAGAGAAGCUCUAUCUGCUUAUGGGAAGGGAACUGGAACAGCUGGAGUGUGUUCCUGCAGGGAACAUCCUUGGCAUAGGAGGCCUGGAGGAACACGUGGUGCGCACAGCCACACUGUCCAGUUGUACAGCCUGUGCCCCCUUUGCGGACAUGCGGGGUCCUGUGACACCCAUUCUGCGGGUGGCCCUUGAGCCGCGGCGUCUGGCUGACAUGGCCGCCCUGGUGCGGGGCCUCAAGCUGCUGCACCAGGCUGACCCCUGCGUCCAGGUGCUUCUUCAGGAGACGGGCGAGCAUGUGCUACUCACCGCAGGCGAAGUGCACCUGGAGCGAUGCCUCAACGACCUCACUGAAAGGUUUGCAAAAGUUGAAAUCAACGUCUCAGAUCCAAUCGUGCCCUUCCGAGAGACCAUUGUCGAACCACCCAAAGUGGACAUGGUUAAUGAGGUUAUAGAGGACAAGAACACCAUACAAAAGGCACCAAAGGAUGAGGAAGAUGACAGUGUUGCCGAGGAUGGGACUGUGACAAUUUGCACUCCAAAUCGGCAAGUCACAAUCAAACUGCGAGCAGAACCACUCCCAGAAGAGGUCACAGAGCUGCUCGAAAAGCAGACAUCACUCAUCCGAGACUACGACCAGGCACUGUCUUCCCGAAGUCAGAAGCUGCCAGAAUCUCUGUCCAAGAACAUUGCUGAGCUUCAAAAGACAUUGGCCAAGGCAUUUGCAGAUGCAGGUUGGCCGGAAGGGACAAUGAAUCAAAUUUGGUCUGUUGGUCCACGUAGGUGUGGGCCCAACGUGCUUCUUAAUAGGAUUCCUAGGUUUAAAAGGGCCUCAGUGUUUCAGGAAGGUCUUCAACACGGCGCUUCAGCCAGGCAAGAGGAGGGUGAUGUCGACAUUGCAGGCAUUGAACCUUUGCAGCACGGUGAUAUUGACAACAAUAGCGAUUCCCUGGUAGGUUUGGAGCUGCAAGGGCAGUCCAAGAAGAUAUAUCAAGAUGGUGGUGGUGGUGGUGGUGGUGAGAAAGAAGACAACAGUCACAGCUUUAAGUGUGCUGCAAGGGGUUCAACACCAAGUGGGGUUAAGAAGUUGGCCGACUACGACCACAGUUUUGUGAGUGGCUUUCAAUUGGCCACACUGACGGGACCUUUGUGCCAGGAGCCAAUGAUGGGUGUCGCGUUUGUGGUGGAUCAGUGGGACCUUGACAUGUCGGUGGAAGAUCCAGGCACUUACGGACCGCUCUCUGGCCAGAUUAUCUCAGCCGUCAAGGAGGGCUGUCGACGCGCUUUUCAAGCCCAGCCUCAGCGACUCCUCUGUGCUAUGUACAGCUGCACCAUCCAAGCCACAUCAGACGCACUUCGCAAGAUGUACGCUGGUGCUGGCCGGCGCCACGGCCGCGUGCUGGGCGGCGACCUUCGCGAGGGUUCGCAGAUGUUCGAGGUGACGGCCGUGCUGCCCGUGGUGGAGAGCAUGCAGUUCGCCAACGAGAUACGCAAGCAGACGUCGGGACUGGCCAACCCGCAGCUCGUUUUCAGCCACUGGGAGCUGGUGGACGUGGACCCGUUCUGGGUGCCGUCGACCGAGGAAGAGUACGCGCACUUUGGGGAGAAGGCCGACACCGAGAACCGGGCCCGCAAGUACAUGAACGCUGUGCGCAGGCGCAAGGGCCUGCCCGUCAGCGAGAACGUGGUCGAGCACGCCGAGAAACAGCGCACUCUGUCCAAGAAGAAGUAGCCGCAGCUGCGCGCGUGGCCCACUUGGCGG